AUGAGAAUGAGCGGCGGACCCCCAGACGCUUUGACCGGCGCCGACGCCGACGGGGACACGGCGGAGGCUGCAGGGCGCCCCCACCUGCCCGCCGUGGUGCGCAGCGGGCUGCACCUGGCCGCACGCGCCUCCGCCGGCAGCGCCAGCUGCUGCACGCGCGGCCGCGGCGGUUCCUCAGCCUCUCUGCAGGAGGCCCGCCGAGAGCCGGCGGCGGGCGUGGCCGCAGGGGCGACCACGUGCGCACGCGACUUCCUGCCAGCUGGGCGCCGGAAGCGGGGCCGGACAAUGCCGGGGGCGGCAGUGGGCGGCGCCGGGCCCGCGAGCGGCGCCCCCGCCCCCCGUAAUCACACGGCAGCCGACAGCCGGCGCCGGCCGUCACCGGGAGAUGCGUCCACGCCCCUGGGUUUGACAGCGUACGGCCUCGACCAAACUGGCGCACCAUCAGAGCAUUUCUGCAAGGUGUUGCUGGAAGGAGCGAUAGCGGCACCUGCCCCGCCGGGUAAUCGUCCCCGCCACGCAGAGCUGCUAGAAAACGUCACGCACAGCAGUCAACCGCCGGAGGGCGGUGCCGAUAGGCCGGCGCCGGCAAUUCACGAACGCCGCCUCAGCACGCGCCGCAGGCUAGCCAACCGCAGCACCACUCUAAUUGCAAGGUGUAAUGGGCGCUAG